UGUUUCCUGUAAGUAGAGAAAGGAAUGCGGAUCGAGGUGGUGCAACAACAAGCCUCAAAGUUCACAGAACAGAUGACUUGCAUCCUCUUUUUGACUUCAGGUGUUUGAUGGAAAACUUUUUUCUUUGACCUCUGAAACAGUUUAGCUGAUUGUUGUCUGACCGGUCUGCCAUGUCAACACACACACACGUCAACACACACACACAGAUCCUGCUUAACACAUGGUCAGAUGUCACUGUGACUAGGGAUGGGACGAUGUAGGUGACGGGUGAUACGGGUGAUACGAGUGAUAUGAAAAAGGGGUCUUGCUCGCUUUUAUGGUAGAGGAGUGAAAAAUACAUUCUGUAAGAAAGAUCAUACUCUCACAAUGUUGCUAUUUUCUUUUUAUUUAUGCAAAAAAAAAGUUUUAGAACCAUUUUAAAGGUUUUAAGCCUAUUUGGAUAAUUAUCAGGAAGUCCCAUGCCUGACUAUGACACGUUUCACUAAAAGUACAUUUAAUAAGCUUUACUUUUAAGCGACAAACGAGCUGAAACAAACUCGUGUUUAAAUGAAGACUAUUGAAUUACGAGACGAUAUGAAGCAUCCAGGCUGCCGCUAAAAAGUAGUCCCUGCUGUAAACCCUUACUGAUUUAGUCUAGUUUGCUGUGGUUAGAUGAGCUGUUGCUGCUGUUGAAUUCAUGCCCAAAUAAAGAGUUAUCGGGGAAUUGUUUAAAAAAACCUCCCUUUUUAAGAGACUUGAUGACAAUACAAGAGAAGUUACUAUUCCUGAAGAGCGAGUCCAAGCGUAGUUAUUGUCUGUUUAUGUACUUCCUUGUGAGUGUUCCACUCUCUCCUGUGGCUUGGGUAAUAAGUAGCUUAUUGGCUCUGUGGUCCCAGCGGGGAAAAGCAGGAUGAUCCACAGUAAUCACACUCACACUUACGAGCACAGAGCAGCUGCUAUCAGCCAAACACACACACACACACACACACACACACACACACGCACACUUACGAGCACAGAGCAGCUGCUAUCAGCCAAACGCACACGGAUCAUGACUUCCUCCUUCUAUACCACUGUGGUGCAACGCUGACCUGAAUGUUUGUCUCUGCACUCUACAUUCCUCUAUUUUAGGUUACCCAGGCCCUUACAACAACUCGUCAUACCCCAUGACUCAGCCCAGCGGCCACUCUGUUGCACCUUAUCCAGUUCCACAAGGGGGGUACGGAGACCCUAGUCAAGCCCCUCCACCAGGCUUCAACAUGGGCUACAAUCAAGGCCAACCUCCUGUCAUGUAUCAGCCUGGCCCGAUCGGCCAUGGCCCGGCUCCAGUACCGGAGUACGGAGCCCCUCAGGGAGGGAUCUCCCCGGCUAUGGCAGCUGCUGCUCCUGUCGGGGUCCCACCGGGACUCGAAUACCUCACACAGAUUGACCAGAUCCUGAUCCAUCAAAAAGUGGAACUCCUAGAAGCAUUCAUCGGGUUCGAGACCAACAACCAGUACGAGAUAAAGAACAGUCUGGGUCAAAAGAUCUACAAGGCCAAAGAGAAGAACGACUGCUGCACCAGGAACUGCUGCGGCUCACUGCGCAGCUUCGACAUGAAGAUCAAGGACACCACGGACCGGGAGGUCAUCCGUCUCAUACGGCCUUUCCGCUGCGUCUCCUGCUGGUUUCCCUGCUGCCUGCAAGAGAUGGAGGUCCAGGCACCGCCGGGUACCACCAUAGGCUACGUCAAACAGGACUGGCACCCUUGCCUGCCCAGGUUUUCCAUCCAGGGAGCUAACAAGGAGACCCUAAUGAAACUGGAGGGGCCCUGCUUUGCCUGCAACUGCUGUGGCGAUGUCAACUUUGAGCUGAAGAGCAAAGAUGGUGACAAGCCCAUUGGUCGCAUCAGCAAGCAGUGGAGCGGCCUUUUGAAGGAAGUCUUCACAGACACGGACAACUUUGGCAUCCAGUUCCCGCUGGACAUGGACGUGAAGAUGAAAGCUGUUCUCAUGGGAGCCUGUUUCCUCAUCGAUUUCAUGUUCUUCGAGAAGGUCGGGGAGGCCAAUCAGCGCAGCAGUGUGUUUUCAUAACAGGAAAAAGGAGGGGAAGUGCCAGUUAUACACUCACUGUUCGUUUACUUUGUGUUUCCACUUUUUUUCUAAAUCCUUCCGUCAUCAGAUUCCAGCCAAAAUGUUGCCAAAGCGAGCAUCAUUUUAUCCACCGAGACCAAAAUGAGUUCAUGAACUCUUGAUUCCAGAUGCCUGCCAAGGAUUGCUUUUGAAAUCUAUCCAAACUUAGUGACUUAUACCAGCUGCCACGUUGCCAAUAAUCUUUACCCUCCGUCGUUGUAGUAUCUAUUUGUGCGUGAACGUAUCAAACUGAGAUUUCAUGUGCUCAUAUGCUACACUGGCUAUUACAUUUCAUAUAUGUGCCUUGUGUUUGUUAUUAUUAUUAUGAUUAUUAUUAUUAGUGCAAUACUGUUGUGGCUGUAUUCAUUGCGUUGUAUUUCUAGUCAUGCUAGUGCUAAUCAGGUUAGCAUGCAAACAAGCUAACAUGGUAAGCAUUAUACCUGCUGAACAUCUGCAGGUUAGCAUUCAGCUCAAAGCACUGCUGUGCCUAAAGUCAUAUUAUAAAUGAACAAAAGCUUUGUAUGACACCUGAACAUCGGCAAACAGGCGGCCAUUGUUUAGCAUAUAUAGGGAAAUGUUUGACAGUAUUCACCAAAGUACUCUUUCUCUACCUCAAAUCCCUCUUGGGCAACAUAACCAUAACAACACUCUCAUGGGCUGAAGUGCCGUCAUGCUCCCUCUGCGGUUUAGAGGUUGCUGUGGAGACGUGACUCCACUGACAAACCUCGCCCUCCAAUGUCUCCAGAUGUCACAGCCUUGAACAUGUGCCAGUGCACUGAUGGAGCAAGACUAUAGGUUAGAAACAGGAAUAAUCUGAAAGAGAUUGAGAAAGUGAGGUUAGUAACCGUUAACCUCACAGCGGCUGGAAAACCCUCGUCAGUGGCAGGUUCAAGGAAACACGUUUUCAUCCUGUAGUUUUAUAGAAUGAGAACUGAAUGUGAAAUUCUAAUGUUAAAGUCAUGUUGGCUUAUUUAAUCAGUUUUAAAAUGAAUUAACUGGCAGGUUAAUGUUUGCAAAUGUAACCUUUUGCUGUUGAAUGCAACACUUUGCUCUGCAUUUAAUAAUCCUUCUCGUGUUCAUUGUUCUGAGACAACAUGGGUGUGCCUCCACUAGUGCUCUCAUAUUCAGACCACUGCUCUUACACUGUGUGACCUAUAUACACGCAUGUUACCACCAGCCUCUGCAGUCUGACCUCUUAUAGGGAAGGAAAACGUAUCCAAAGGAUGUAUAGCACAUGUAGUGUAGUUUGUUCAUUGUGUCAGCGUAAUUGGUUUUAAUCAGUAAUUUCUGCAGCAGAUAACUUUUGUACCAUUUUUCUUGUGAAUCAAACUUUUUUUUUUUACGGAACAAAAUCCCCUGUACUUCAGAAAUAAAUUAAAAACCCAUUUAAUCCAUU